AUGCUGCCACAAGGGGUCACUGACGUUGCUAAAUCCAAGCGGGCUCGCAUCAUCAGCGGCGAUGUCUUCGGCAAGCACCAUGUGACAGAUCAAAUCGCCGACAUUCGCCGGCUGCUCCCGCCUCUGUCCCCGUCUCAGGUCGGCACCGUGCGAUGUCUCGGACUCAACUACGCAGAUCAUGCAAAGGAGACGAAGAUGGAAUCGCCCCGAUUUCCCAUUCUCUUCUACAAACCACCGACGGCUCUGUCGGGCCCGGUGGAUGCCAUCCCCAUCCAUCCCAUGGCACAGGAGGGGACUGGCUUGGACCACGAGUGCGAGCUUGUCGUGGUCAUCGGCAAGCGGUGCACCGACGUUCCCGAGUCGGGCGCGUUGGAUUGCGUUCUCGGCUACGCCGUGGGCAACGAUGUUUCGCACCGAGACUGGCAGAUCAAGCACGGCGGCAGCCAAUGGUCGCACGGCAAGGGGUUCGAUGGCUGGGCUCCCUACGGGCCGGGCAUCGUUAGUGGCAAGACGAUUAGGGACCCUCAAAUUCUCAAGAUAUGGACGAAAGUGAACGGCAACAUGGUGCAGAACGGCACGACGGCGAACAUGGUGUUUAGUGUGAAGAAGAUCAUUUCUCUUCUGAGCCGGGGUGUGACACUGAUGCCCGGCGACAUCAUCUUUACGGGAACACCUGCGGGUGUCGGCAUGGGUCGAACUCCCCCGGUGUGGCUCGAGGACCGCGACGUGGUCGAAGUAGGCCUUGAAGGGGUUGGAACUUGCACGAACAAGGUUGAGUUUGCCAAGCCCAAGUCCAAGGUGUAG